AUGGAAAAGAGAAACAUUCUUGAGGGACCACCACCCACCCCAGCCUAUCGCUCUGUCAUGGAGGAGUAUGGAUAUGAGGUGGGCAAGGUCAUUGGCAAUGGAUCCUAUGGGAUGGUGUAUGAUGCUUACUACACGAAGCAGAAGGUCAUGGUGGCUGUCAAAAUAAUUUCAAAGAAGAAGGCCUCUGAAGACUAUCUUAACAAGUUCCUUCCCCGUGAGAUACAGGUAAUGAAGGUCCUGCGGCACAAGAACCUCAUCAACUUCUAUCAGGCCAUCGAGACCACAUCUCGAGUGUACAUCGUUCUGGAGCUGGCUCAGGGCGGUGAUGUCCUUGAGUGGAUCCAGCACUAUGGAGCCUGCUCUGAGCCCCUUGCAGGCAAAUGGUUCUCCCAGCUGACCCUGGGCAUCGCUUAUCUGCACAGCAAAGGCAUUGUGCAUCGCCUGAUGCCCAGCCUUUCUGCUGCUGGUAGGGAUUUAAAGUUGGAGAACCUGUUGCUGGACAAGCGGGAGAAUGUGAAGAUAUCAGACUUUGGCUUCUCCAAGAUGGUGAUUCCUAAUCUGCCUGUGCGUAGUAGCCCUUCUUUUAGCCACAUGAACUGCUUUACCCACCUCAGCCAGACCUACUGUGGCAGUUUUGCUUAUGCCUGCCCUGAGAUCUUGCUAGGCUUGCCCUACAACCCUUUCCUGUCGGACACCUGGAGCAUGGGCGUCAUCCUCUACACCCUAGUCGUUGCUCGUCUGCCCUUUGAUGACACAAAUCUCAAGAAACUGCUGAAAGAGACUCAGAAGAAAGUCGUUUUCCCAUCUAACCAGACCAUCUCCCAGGAAUGCAAGAACCUGAUCCACCAGAUGCUGCGUCAAGCUAACAAGCGUGCCACCAUUCUGGACAUUGUCAAAGAUCCAUGGGUAGUCAAGUUCCAGCCUGAGCAACCCACCCAUGAGAUCAAGUUGCUUGAGACCAUGUGCCAGCCUCCCAGCACCACUGCUGUCCACCAGUCUUUGGAAAUCAAGACCUGAGAAUGGCUGAGGGAAAGGGAUGAGAGGAACAGAGCAGAAGUGUCUGGGCCUAAAAUGUUAAGAAAAAUAAAUCUA